UAUAAAAAAAUUCUUUAAAUAAAAAAUAUAUUUAUAAAUAUACAUAUAUAUGUGUCUAUACAAACAAAGUAAGUGAGUCACGUUUUUCCAAAACAGCAACACAAACCAAAAUCAUAGUUACAAUUACAGCAACCUUAACCACCACCACACCAUCAUUACCAAACACCUCCAGCGUUACCAUCCAUAUCACAACAGCCAGCGUGAUUCUUCUUGAAUGAGUUUUAUUGUGUCUGGAUAAAAAUUGUUUUUUGUUUUUGUUUUCUUUUUUUGUUUCUAUUGCUAUAAGUGAGUAAAGCAAUAAAACGAAAAAGCUUAAAAACAAUACCGUUACUUUAACAAGCUGCUGCCAGUAAAGAGAAGAAGCGAUUAAAAAAAUCAAAUAAAGUUGCAUUAAUUUAAUAUCAAAAAUUAAAGUCGCUUACGAAAAUGACUAAAGACAGAUUAGCCGCUUUGCAUGCCGCCCAAUCGGACGAUGAAGAGUCUGAAGAUGUGGCCGUUAAUGUUGAUACCCACGAUUCGUAUAUGGACGAUUUUUUCGCCCAAGUCGAAGAGAUACGUGGUAUGAUCGAUAAGGUUCAGGAAAAUGUCGAAGAAGUGAAAAAGAAACAUUCAGCCAUUUUAUCGGCCCCUCAAUCCGAUGAGAAAACCAAACAGGAAUUAGAGGAUUUAAUGGCCGAUAUAAAGAAAACAGCCAAUCGUGUCAGAGGCAAACUAAAAGGCAUCGAACAAAAUAUCGAACAGGAAGAGCAACAAAAUAAGUCAUCAGCCGAUUUGCGUAUACGAAAAACGCAGCAUUCUACGUUAUCGCGAAAAUUUGUUGAAGUCAUGACCGAAUAUAACCGCACACAAACCGAUUAUCGUGAACGUUGCAAGGGUAGAAUACAACGUCAACUGGAAAUUACGGGCCGUGCCACAACCAAUGAAGAACUCGAGGAUAUGUUAGAGCAAGGUAAUCCAGCUGUGUUCACGCAGGGCAUUAUUAUGGAAACGCAACAAGCGAAACAAACAUUGGCCGAUAUUGAGGCCCGUCAUGCGGAUAUUAUGAAAUUGGAGACAUCGAUUAAAGAAUUACACGAUAUGUUUAUGGAUAUGGCUAUGUUGGUGGAGUCGCAAGGCGAAAUGAUCGAUCGCAUUGAGUAUCAUGUGGAGCACGCUAUGGACUAUGUGCAGACAGCUACUCAGGAUACAAAGAAAGCUCUUAAAUACCAGAGCAAAGCACGACGAAAGAAGAUUAUGAUUCUGAUAUGCUUGACUGUGUUGGGUAUCAUAGUUGCGUCAUAUGUUAGCAGUUAUUUCAUGUAAAUGCCAUUCUAUCCCUCUUUCUGUCGUUCUUCUAUACUACAUAUUUAUAUAUAAAUACGUAUAUGUACGAAAGCAACUUUUCCCUUGCAAUUGUUUAUCAGAGGAAAAAAAAAACAAGAAAAAAAAAAUUAAGGAAAAAAAUCUAUUACAUUAUUAUUAUUAUAAAUAACUAUUUAUUAAAAUUAUUAAUCUUUAUGGAUAAAGACGUAACUAUUAAUAGUUAAAAAGUUGAAAGCAAACAAAAAAAAAAACAGAUAUUCAAAAACAAAAAAAAAAAACUGCAAGAAAUUGCAAUAUUUACCAUAAAAAACAUACAAAGAUUUUCAAGUUAAGUUUAGUUUGUUAAAUAACGAAUAUUGCAAUUACUUGGAUAAUGAAGAGCAUUACUAAUAUUAAUAGUAUAUUAAAAAAAAAAA